GUUAAGGGUAAAGGGAUUUUACAGGAGGAGGAGUCCGUUGCAUCACUAAAAGAGGCAUCCGCUCGGGAGUCACAACAAGUGACGCAGCAAGUUCGUACCGUACCACCCACUGGUCCUCCGAAGCCAGCGGGAAAAAAAGGCGGUGCUUUUGUGCCUCGAUACCGGUCGACGCUCGCAACAAUGGUUGAUAUGUCCGAUUUGAAGGAUGGUGCUUUACGUGAAAUCGUUAUGGAUGAAAGUGUCUUCGGUAUUGAAUUCAAGUCACUUAUUACAAUUGAUGACUUGGAGGAGAUUUUUAAGCAUGAUCAACUAGGCGUCACUAACAUGCACUCAUACAUCCGGUUGUUGUAUGACAGAGUGUUGCGCGGGACUCCGUUGUCUAACAGAUUCCGUUUCGUGUCUUCCGCCCACUGCAGCGGAAUGGCAAUUGCUUCGGAACGGGAAUCAGUUAGACAGCGAUUAGUCGAUAGAUUCAUGUCCACCGGCAAUACAGAAUGUCUGCAUCUUUGGGCGUAUAAUACCCGACCAGUAGGGUUAGUUUCUCAUUCUUUGUUCAUCUAAUCUCUGUUUCUUUUGUGUAUAGCAAAAUUUUCAUAUAACCUAUUGUUUUUA